AUGCGUGUCCAAGCCACCAUCACCGCCUUGACCUCGGUCGCCUCGGGCUUUCUGAUGCCCCGUCAGUCUAAAGAGACUACUAAAACCCCAAACGUUGUAGCUGCACAAUACGAUGGCACAUGCUUCUACCCGGUACCAGACUCUAAAUUCAACCUCGAAGCCUACCUAGGAACAUGGUACCAAGUUGCUGGUACACCUUUCGGUCCUACAGCCCAAGACAGCUGCGUGGCUGGUAACUACAAGCUCAAUGACAACGGCACUAUUCGCGUACUCAACACCGCAAAAAGAGGUGCACAAACCGUCAGCAUCGUUGGCACAGCGACUCCAGUGGAUACCGCGUAUGGUGCUGGUGGUGCAUUUAUAGUCAGAUUCCCUGGUUCACGGGAUGCGAAGUGCCCUGGACCGAACUACAUUGUUCAAGACUACGCUGCCGACUGGGCCAUUGUGCAGACACAAGGCUGGGGCACGCUGUACAUAUUGAGCAGAGAGCGUCAGCCCCCUCCUGCGACUAUCGAUGCCUUGAUCGAUCGCGCUGUCGCAUAUGGUUCUAAUGCUUCGGCGAUUUUCAAGUUCAACCAGACUGGCUGCGAUGUGUGA